UCCGCGUCCACAGGGCCCCGAGCGCUCCUCGUGUGCGGCCGGAGGGGAGGCUGACACGAGUUCUGCUCUGUGUACUGCGCGUUCCCACGGCCAAAACGCGGCUUAGAGUGUCGUCCCAAAGGACUACCGCGGAACUGAAGAAACUUCUUGCAUAAAGAAAAAACGAAGCCCAGCUGCCUUUGGAAAAGCACCAUCGAGGCAACCUGCAGGACCGUAGCUUGGCUGAUGUAGGAACCCGACCAAAGGGACGCAACGAGGACACUCAGACGUGCCUAAUGUGUUCUGCGAAGGCGUCCUGCGGGAAACCCGGCCGGCCCCGGCCUGGCUCGCUGAGCGGGCUAUUUUAAGGGGUUGUUUCGCUCUGCAUGAAGAGUCGUGUGAACCAGCCAGAAUAAUUGUACACCUUGUUUACAGCUCGGCGCGUAGCGCGAACCGUCCGUUCACGCAUCAGGGAGUUUGUGCUCAGCCGGCAGACGGACCACCGUCCCUUCUGCUGUCCUCGUAGCUGUCCGGAGCCUCUUCCGAGCGGCGGCCAGUCGAGGCCGAGCCCUGCCAGAUCCGGGUGCCUCUGAGCACGUCCGGAGGGCGCGCUCCUCGGCGGGGGAGGGCCAGGCCGGGCGAGGUGGGGCGAGGCGGGCGCGCCGGGAGGCCGGUGCCGUCGGGGAGCCGGAUCUGGGGCGGAGGCCGGCCGGGAGAGUCCGGUUCCUCCCCGCGGGCAGCAGGCAGGGGUGGCGGCGCAAGCCAGGGAGCGCGGCGUGGCGUGGCGGGGCUGCCAUGGGCGAGGCCGAGGAGCAGCAGCCCCCGACCGGCCACGGCCGAGCGCCCACCCCGCGGCGCUUCCCGUUGCCGCUGCUGCUGCUGCUGCUGGCGCAGACUCUGGCCGGCGGCCCCGCAGCGGCGGAAUCGGAGCCGGAGCCGCCGCCGCUGCCGCCGCUCCUGGUGGCCACGCUGGACGGGCGCCUCCGCGCAGUCAGCCCGGCCACGGGGGACACGCGGUGGGCGCUGAAGGAGGAUCCGCCCCUGCUGGUGCCCCGCGGAGAGCCCGAGCCCGCGUUUCUCCCGGACCCCAGCGACGGCAGCUUGUAUGUGGUGGGGGGCCAGGACGAGGGGGGGCUGAUGAAGCUGCCUUUCACCAUCCCGGAGCUCGUGCAAUCUUCUCCGUGCCGCAGCUCCGAUGGCGUGAUCUACACAGGAAAAAAGGAGGACGUCUGGUUUCUUGUGGACCCGGCAUCGGGGGAGAAGCAGAGCGUGCUGUCGCCAGAGGCCUGGGAUGGGCUUCACCCCAUAAGCCCCUUGUUGUUCAUCGGACGCAGUGAGUAUGUCAUCACCAUGUAUGACACCAAGACCAGGGAGUUGCAGUGGAAUGCCACCUACCUGGACUACUCUGCUCCCUUCCAUGAGCAGGACUCUGACUAUAAAAUGGCCCAUUUUGCCUCAAGCGGAGAUGGUUGGCUGGUGACGGUGGGCAAAGAGAGCGGAGAGGUGCUCUGGGUGCAGGACUAUGGAUCACCCGUGGUGGGCGUCUACAGCUGGCAUCAGGACAGCCUGCGUCGGGCACCCCACCUCAGCAUAGCCAUGGAGAGCCUGCGCUACCUUAUCCUGCAUGCUCAGAAGAUCCCCCUCCUCAACUGGACCUUCCGGAUUAGCAAGGAUUUCGUGGCCAAGACCCCUUUGCUCACAACCCUGUAUGUGGGCAAACAUGCCGGGGGUUUCUACGCUUUGACAUCCCUGGUGCACGAAGGCCUGGCUCUGGUGCCUCAGGGAGUGGCUCUGGCCCAGGGCAGCGGUCCCAUCACACGUGAUGUGACGCUCCAAAGGUCUGGUGAGUGCAAGGUCACACCCAGCACGGGCAUCCAGUACCCGCCGGGCACCAUCUUCCUCCCCCACAGCCAAUGGCUGCUGAUAGGUCAUCACGAGAUGCCUCCACUUGUCCACACCACCAUGCUGAGGGCCUUUCCUGGCAGCCUGCGGAGGAACCUGGAGGCUGUUGCACCACACAACUCCCCUGCUCACAGCCUCUUUGAAGAGUUCCUGGCCCCUGAAGGAUCACAGGAAGAUCAGGCUGAUGGUCGGCCCUGGGGGGAUCACGCCAGGAAGGAGGCUCCAGUGGAAGUGGAUCCCUCAUUUGGCAGCUGCGAGCUCGUUGUGGUUGGCGUGGCUUCCAUCUGUUGGGGCGGGGGGCUCCUCUGCCUCCUGCUCUGGAAGGUCUCGUCUGAGCGCAGCUCUGGCCAGCAGCCUCCUGCAACUUCUAGCCAUUUCUCAAGAAUGACUCCUGAAGAGUCCCUGGAGCUGAACCAGGGAGCAGACCAGCCCCCCUCCUCAGCCUCUGUGGAUAAAGCCUCCCUCCAGAGCCCUGGUCCAGCAGGUGUUGCCCCAGAAAUGGUUACUGUGGGAAAGCUCUCCUUCAGGCCCCUGGAGGUGCUGGGCCGUGGGGCGGGGGGCACCUUUGUGUUCCGAGGCCGCUUUGAUGGGCGCGACGUGGCCGUGAAGCGUUUGCUUCUGGACAGCAUCCAUUUGGUGGACCGCGAGGUGCGGCUGCUGCGCGAGUCGGAUGCGCAUCCCAACGUGGUGCGCUAUUUCUGCACCGAGGCUGAUGGGCAGUUCCACUACAUCGCCCUUGAGCUGUGCUCUGCCAGCCUGCAGCAGUACGUGGAGAGCUCCGUCUUCCCUGGAAAAGACAUGGAUCCGCUCUCCCUGCUGUCCCAGACCAUGUCCGGACUGGCACAUCUGCACUCCCUCAGCAUAGCUCAUCGUGACCUGAAGCCCUGCAACAUUCUGAUCUCGGUCCCUGACGGGCAAGGGCGGUUCCGAGCCGUCAUCUCCGACUUUGGCCUGUGCAAGAAGUUGCAGGGAGGGCAUCAGAGCUUCAGUCUCGGCUCGGGCAUUCCUGGCACGGAGGGGUGGAUCGCGCCCGAGAUGCUCAGGGAGGAUGCGCAGGAGAGCCCCACUUGUGGUGUGGACAUCUUCUCCGCUGGCUGCAUCUUCUACUACGUCCUGUCCCACGGGCAGCAUCCCUUUGGGCACAGCUUCCAUCGCCAGGCCAACAUUCUUGUAGGCGCCUACCAACUGCCGAGGCUCCAGCAGGACACUCACAGCCAUCUGGUGGGGCGAGACUUGAUAGAAGCCAUGAUCAGCAGUGACCCCCGUCUGCGCCCCUCGGCUGCCCAGGUGCUCCGGCACCCCUUCUUCUGGGGCCCUGAGAAGCAGCUGCAGUUCUUCCAGGAUGUCAGUGACCGCCUUGAAAAGGAGCUGGCAGACGGGCCCCUGGUCAGCACCCUGGAGGCCGAGAGCCUGAUGGUGGUCCGAGGGAAUUGGCAGGUGCAUCUCUCUGCCCCACUACAGGCAGACCUCAGGAAGUUCCGGAGAUACCAGGGCAGCUCAGUCCGUGACCUGUUGCGAGCUAUGAGGAACAAGAAGCAUCACUACUACGAACUGCCCAGCCAUGUCCAGGAGGCCCUUGGCAGCCUCCCCCACGGAUUCAUCCAGUACUUCCUGGACCGCUUCCCCCGCCUGCUGCUGCACACUUACCGGGCCCUGCGCCUCUGCGCUGCUGAGCGGCUCUUCCGGAGAUACUACUGCCAGGGGGAGUGAGGUGCUUUCCAGAGGGACGGAGCUCGCCGGCCCCUGCCUCCCAGACUCCUCAGAGUGUUUGGCACAUGCCAGCCUGCCCUGCUCUGGAGGGACCCAUUCGUCACCAGCACAGGGCAUCAGAGCCCCACCUGCUCCCUGGGGAAUGGUGUUCGUGCGGUGUUCAGAAGCUAAUUUGCGGGGCUUCCAGGAGGCCCCAGGCAGAAGAGAGCAGAGGAGUGGGGGGUGCUCCUCCCAAAAGAAUCUGCUGCCUUCCCUUGAAUUCUCCCCUGAAGAGAGUGGCCGAGCAUCACAUGUCACCGUGGGCUGCAUUGCUGAUGCAGCGUGCCUUGCGUGACCAGUAACGAACUGGGCCCUGCUGCGGACAUUCCAGAGAGGGGAGUCUCCUGACCUCUAACUCAGUGGUUCUCAACCUUUUUAAUGCAGCAACCCCCAACCGGUCGUAUGUCGAGGACUACUCAAUCGGUCGUAAGUCGAGGACUACUCAACUGGUGCAGCACCAUUUGCAGAAUGGGACU